UUCAAUUCUUCAUUCAUGUAAAUAUUUGUUAGAGAAGCAUUAUUAUUUUCACGUGGACAAGUUUCCCUUUCACCAUCCUUUCCUAGUUUCCGAUGAUGAUCUAUAUAUUAUGAAGUUCUUCUAGCAAAAUAUUUUAAUAAUUAAUCAUCUUUCAUAUUUUUUAUUUGUGAUACAUCUUCAAUCAGGAACUAAAGCAAGUGCACUAAUUUUCUAACAACAAGUAAUUCAUGAUUGAAUUAUUGUACUGACUGUUAAAGCACCACCUUGACAUUUUGUCUUCAAAUUGUGAAAAAGAUAGAAUACUUUUACGAUAAAAGUUGUUUAUUCAGAUUUGACAAAGUGAAAGUUCCAAAGGAAAAAAGAAUUGAAUGCAUCCAAGAAAAUGCCAAAGGUAAGUAACUGAAAAUCCAUAUAAUCAUGGUAAUCUCAGAUAGAGUCAGAUUACACUUGUUUUUUCUCAUAUAGAAUCAGAUUACACUUGUUCUUUGUCAUACAGAAUCAGUUUACACUUGUUCUCUCCUCAGGUCACUUCUUUUCUCAAUUUUCUCUCUAGUGCUGCUACAAAUAUCAUCAAUCCUUUCUUGAAGGAAGGAGCUUUUCUUAGACUAAAACUCUCUUCACUUGGUAAGAAUUCCUCUCUCUCUCUCUCUCUCUCUCUCUCUCUCUCUCUCUCUCUCUCUCUCUCUCUCUCUCUGUGUGUGUGUGUUUGCAUGAUAUUCAGUUAUAUAGACAUUUCCCUUUCAGAUUUGCUACCAACCACUGAUCUCUCCUUUGUUGCUCAGGUGGCAGAUUAAACUCAGGAUUUACCCUUUUAGAGGUCUGAUCUCUUCUCAAUCGGUCAAUCUUCUUUUUUUUUUUUAACUGAUGGUGGUGUCCGGGCCAGCUUGUGUGCACCUCGACUAUUCCACCGGAUACCUGAUAUCUCUCACCAGCACAGGUACCGGGUAAUUCUGCCCAUCAAGAUUUAGGCAGAUGGGAAGAAGUCACCUACUAUUUUUUGUGUCACUUGGGAUUUGAACCUUGGUCUUCAAGGUUCGCACCCACUUCAUUGACCAGUUGACCACGCCCUUGGGCGUGAAUCAGUCAUUCAUUUAGCACAUUCCUUCUUGCUAGCAGUAUUGUUUAUAUCCUUGUUCAAUGAAGCCUGUUGAGUAGACUUUAAAAGCUCUUUGGUUCCAAGAGAUAAAUUUCCGUGACAGAGCUUUACUUGUUUUCUAAUUUCUCGUCAACUAAGUUAAAUUAAUUACCCUAAUUAGCCAGAAGUAUGAAACAAGAGGGCACUAACCCCUAUGUAAUUAAUGGGUAAAUGUCAAAGAUGCCCACAUAAAAUGUGGGAAUAUACAAUUACAUGGCAAGUGAUAGAUAUAAAUGUCAUUCAUAGAUUUGCCAGAGAAGAUAACAUUAACAUUCAGAAAACCUACUCAAAAUGUUAUUUUCUCAAAGAAGGUAAAAAUGCUUUUAAAGUAAUUACAUUAAAUUAGUAGAAUAUAACUCAUAUUUACUACCUUCAUUCAUAUUCAUUACUCACACUAAGUUUACAAAGUGGACAAACAUUUACCAAAAGAAAUAGUGCGUCCCCUUAUUACAAGAUGUGCUUAGAACUAAAUCAAAUUAAAGAGUAGAAUCCAAAAGCUUGGUCCAUACUAGAUCCGACAUACAAAACAGGAAUACAUUAUUCAUAACUCGAUGCAGCUUAGUACUAAAUCCAAUUUGAGGUGUGAAAGAUCUGUAAGCUUGUCCAACUGAAUAGAUGUUAUACCACUUGCUCAUUCCAGGUUAUACUUAGUGCUUGUACAACCUGAAUCCUUUAAUCCACCAACAUGAAAUGGCAAACUUAUAAAUACCCUAGGAGUAGACCUAUCCAGUGGGCCAUAUGAGAGCCACUAGAUACCAGGAUAUUCAAAUGAUGACUUUUUUCUUCUUUCUCAAUUGGGACUUAAACAAUGAUUUUAAAGGGGGUUAUGAGAUGGUACAGCUGAUGCCGAAACAAUUUUAUCAUAUAAUAUUUUUCAAAAAUAAAUCCUUCCUAUAUUCCAUCUAGAAUUGUUUCAACUACAGUUAUGUUUUAGUCCUCUCACAAAAAUUCAAAAUAGUGUUCCUAACAAUUGCCCGGUCAUACUCCACUUCUCAUAUAUAGGUACACAAGUAUGAAUCAAAGGCAAGGAACCACACAUUUUUCCAUAUUGAGAUAAUCAUUGUUCUGAUAUCUGAGAAAAUAAGUAUCCUUGUCAACUGAUAAUCUAUAUGUUCAUCGCAUUAAUCCAUACAGUCAAUGCAUCAUAACACAUAACGAAGGCCACAGAAUUUUCGGAUGUUUGUGUCUUUUGUGUUGAAUAGUUCUAUGUAUCUAUGGUUUCUCUUGCAGCUCUUCGUGUUAUUAAGACUAACUUGUCUAAUCUAGUCUAUAAGUAAUCUAUGUCAUAAUUUCAGAAGUUAGAAAUAACCUCAUAGUGCAGGCAAACAGAGGACACAAAAGUUCUCUAAUGGAUACGGCAAAGGGUGACCAAAGAUCUGAAGUGAAAGACUCUGGGAGAUCAGUCAAAGCAGAUAGAUCAAUGGGUUGCAAGCUCAAGGAGAUUUAUGCAGCUUUAUGUUGUAUGCUAUGCAGUAAACUGUUUGAAGAAGCCACCACUGUAAACCUUUGCCUUCACACAUUUUGCAAAAGGUGCAUCUAUCAAGCAGUUCAAGAAACUAAGUGCUGCCCACAAUGCAAGGAAGACCUAGGUUCUUCACCUGAAGAGCAUCUCAAAGAUGAUGAGAAAAUACGGUCCAUAGCACAGAAAAUCCAGUUUCUCCUUACUGGAGAAGGACAACUGGGAUCCGAAGCUAAUGAUGUGACUCAAGGAGCUGGAACUAAUAAUCAGCUCGAGGAUCAUGAAAUUUUUGAGGAGAAGUUUCUUCACAACCCUGCAGAUGCAGAGAAAGAAAAUACCUUAGAUCGCACGUCCUCACAAGAAAGCUCAGCUUUAUCUACAACUGCAUCUGCAGUUAAGGUAGUUAUUGGCUCUUUUCCUUUUCUCCAAUCAAAAGUUCACUGUAUUUGGCAUAUAUAUUUUGGAAAGGAAUUUGGCCUUAAGUUCGUAGUGUUGGUUAGAUGUAUUUCACAUAACCUCAAUAUAAAAGUCUGUUUCUUUAAAGAUGCCUCAGGUUGCUUGCGGUGUAUCUCAAACCAAUGCUGAAGUAGGUAAGUCCAAGACGGAGGAGAUCAGAGGGCAAAAGAAGAAAAAGAGGAACAAGAACAGAAGAGCGCGCCAGCUUACACCAGGUGAGACUAGUAAGACUGAGGAGAAAAAGUCGGACAUUGGGCCAGAUGACAUUCAUAAGGACGAGCAUGCCAAAGACAGAGAGUCUUCAACACCUAAAAAGCAAGUUUUGGAUGAAAAACAAAAGGAAGUCUGCUCUUUCUGGUUUUCUCUUGUACCACAGGGAGAUAAGUACGUACCCGACCAGUCACAUCGCUCUCAAGAUUCUUAUUCACUGAUCUGACACAACUUUGUUCUUUUACUCUUGACAGGAGUGGACGCAGGUUGCCUCCCAUUAAUAAGUCCUAUAUCCAUCUCAAGUAAGAUUUUCACAUGCAUCUAUUCUUUUAGCAUAGACUUUAGUGUAGAGUAGAUUGAAUUUUUAAUUAGUUACAUGCAUGCAAAAGGGGCCAAGCCAUUAAUUGCAUUUCACGAGAUAGCAUCUAACACUAGCAUUUAAUUUCCGUCCUCAAUAUUGAUCUGUCCCCUAUAUUUUUAAAUCUCAUUUCUAUCACCAUGUAAAAUGAAAUAACUGAUUUUGCACAUAUGCAGAGACAGUAGAAUCACCGUAUCUGCAAUCCAGAAGUACCUCGCACAGAAGCUAAGUAUAAAUGAUCAUACUGAGGUAAUGAUUUUAUACACAGUGCUAAACUAAUUUCAAAUAUUGCCUUUUAUGUAUCAAGAAAGUAUUGCCUUUAUUCAUGUAGAAAACAACCAAAAGGGGAAAGAAAACUUUUGAAAAGAAGUGCAAACCUUUUUGAAAGUCUUAAACGGGAAUCACACAAUUCAGUAUACAAAAGUGCACAAGCAAAACAACUCGUGAACUAUAAAUUUAGCCAGAAACUUCUGCCUCAGGCCCCCCCAUAAUAACAUAAAAACUUAUGAAAAGCUUUCUUUUCAAGAGUCUCUAUCUGUUAAAUGAAUUAGCUUACAGAGAAAGUGUCAGCCUUGGGAAACAAUUGAGUGAGCUAAAAUACGAAAUAAGAUCUGAAUAUAGACAUCUGAGCAUUCACUCCAACCAGCUGUCUCUUCAGUUUCCUGGGUAACUAGAAAACUAACGACAAUAAUCUAUGCCUUAAUGUAUUGUCAAAAUUUUGCAUUUAUUUGAGCUAGUUAGUUAUAUAAAAUUCAUUUAUUAACUACCGCUGUUACAUCAAGAACUAGGAAACUGUAACUUUUUGCCCUCUAUUUGGAUUAUAUACUAGUAAUGUUUACAUAACAUAGACAUAGAAACUAUGAAUGAGAGGGGGAGCAGAACAUUUGAAUGACUCGAAUUAGAAGGACAAAAUAAACACGUAUAGAACAGUGAAACAGAUUGCUACACAUACAAGAAGAAAUGUAGAAAGAGUUGCCAAAGUACUGCUUUGCCACUGAAUAUUUUCUAAUAUUUUGUGCAGGUGGAUGUUGUAUGCUGCAGGCACAAACUGGACGAAAGUAUGACCCUCAAGGACAUUCAGUUUAUAUGGAUGUCAGACCUUCAGAAUUCAGGAAGGAGAAAGGAUAAGUGGGGCACAAAGGAGCUUGUGAUUGAGCUAGGGUACAUCAGAAGCGAGAACUCUGGAACUCCCCAAAAGAAAUAAGAAGUGUGGCUAUCAUGGUUUAAAUGCAAUGAACUUCCUAUCCCGCAAGAAACUUAAAGACUAUCAGUAGACAAUUUCUGUACUUUCAUAAUAAUAGCCUCAGAGCUAUUAGUACCUUUCUUUUUUUGUUGCAACAACUACCAGCCUCGAACUCUUGACCUAGUGGCAUGGAGAGGACUCUCUCAACCACUAUGAACAAGAAUGGCCGGUGUUUAGUACCUUUCUCUGUUUUAUUAUCGGCAAACAAUCUAUGCUUUGGACCUGUGUUCUCUAGUUUUCUCUAUCAAAAAUUAUGCUAUGGACUGCUAUUUACCUCUAUCAUCUAGGUUGCACUGGGCUGCUUGAUCUUUGCAUAUUCCACCACUAUGCAAUAUACAAUGAGAAAGUUUUUCAGAAUGCGUUUUACAAUAAGCAGGUUUUUCAGAAAGUCUGGAUUGACUUUCACUAAUUUAUACUCCUCUACAGACAGAUGGAUGUAAAGCUAUUUGGAACUUUUUUGCCCAUCAGCUUUUAUUAUAGAGUUGAUACCCCUUCACUUCUGUCCUUCUUUAGCCCAUCCAUUAGUGCUUGACAUACAAUUUGUGACUUAAAGAGUCAAUUCGAGCUCAAACCAAAUAUUGAUUAUUCAUAUAUCGUUGUUCUUCUAGUAGUUCAAACCCUAGUUCAGUCAUAUUCAAAUGAAGCGCUCCCUAUGCCCCCAAUAAAGAAUGAUGUACUUCCCUUUUUGCUUCGUCAUAAAAAACCUUGACCACCUUCCUUUUCUUUUCAAUCAGAAAACUUGACCACCUUCCUUGAUAUACAAAUAUUUCUCCCUCCAAAAAUGCAAACAACUAUAAAACUUAAUUACUCCUUAUCCAUAAAAGAUAGUUUUGGAUUCUCCCAGAAUGUCCACAUUACUACUUGAAACCAUUUUCCCCUGGCUUUUUAUUAGCUUUGAUACUAUACUAAUUCAAAAGCUACAAUUAUGGAAUAUUGAACUGACAAAAAAAGUACUUAGCCAACUCUGCUUCUAAACUUCAUUGAUCAAUCAAGUCAUGAUAAAAUUACAGAAAGAUUACUGUACAUUAUUCCAGACUUGAUAUGACGUCUUCUCUACGGACUAUUUUUCAUGACAUAAAUGACUACGAAAUUUGCUCACAUUCCAAACUAGUACUUUACACUUCUUUGUCAAACAUGAUAUGAUACUUCAUCCUAAUAUUCUACUCAUAAUCUCCAAGCAAGUCAAAUUGAGUUAUUUUGUAGUGGGUGGAGGCUGGAGGGACAAAGUCAGAAGCCCUUGGCUUCUCUUUCCAGUUAUCUUCAUUGAUAAGGAUUCUAAAAUAAGUUUGCAGUUAGGCAUCCAACUUUCCUCCUAUAAGAAAUCAUUAGCUAGUGCAUGUACCUCUUCAUACUUUGCUUAACUAUAGUGCCAACUACCAUACAUGUGAUGUAAGAAACCAUCACAAAGUCAAUUCAUUUCGUUGCAUCAUAAUUAUAUUGCUACCAGUAGACCAAGAAAAAGAAUUAGAAGAAAGCAAUAAUCUCCAACAGAUGCAUAACCUUUAAAUUAGCCCUCGGGACUUUGGUUCAGUGAUAAGAGCACGUGUAAUGUGUGACCAUGCGUGUUAGGCGCACGCGUGUUCAAACCCUACUGUGGCUAAGCCCUAGUAUUUAAGAGAAAAAGGGUAUAGGGGCAUGCCCAUUAUCCACUAACUUCCAAACCGUGCUCCAACUAGCUCUCUGCAAUUUCUCGGUUAUCAAAGAAAAAAGUUUUGAUCUUUAAAUACAGAAUGGCUGCAGCAUCACCAAGCAGCCACUUGACCUUCAUGGUGUUGUCAGCCAGUUUGGCCGAUUCAUAUCUUCUCACCAGAAGAAGAACAUUGUACUGUUAGCAUGUAAUUAGCAUACUGCUUUGAACAGAAAAUUAUCUCCCCAAAGGUAUAAAUCCCUAAAACAGGAAAAAAAGCCGGGGAACUGAAGCCAUACACAUUAAAUGACUUCAAUUGCCAUCCAUCCACCCCAUUUUUCCUUUGGCUUGCACUAACUAUUCCUACUCUAUCUAGCAUCGGUUUGUUAAACUUCUGACCAGAACAACUCUAAAACUAAUACACAUCACCAAUUUAAUUUACAAGAUAUAAACUAGCAACUAUGAAUAGUUGAUCUCCAAAGAGUAAAAGUUUACUUGGAGAGUAAAAGUUUACUCUAAAUCAUCAGCACCUAUGAACUCCUUGGGUUUCGAGUCCCCACCUUGGCCUCCCGAAUAAUUACCACACCCCUCCUGGUCCUGAGCCUGGCCUUUCUUUUAUUUUAAAUUUUUUUCCUAUAGGUAGCCAAAGCAUAUAUCACACGACCUGGUGACAUACCAUCCAUGCCCCUUCUCUUCCUCCGCCAUAAAGCGUCCUGAUUCUUUUAUUUGUCUUCCAUUCCAUGUGGCUCCUCCCGUUGUGAUGUCUCCGGGGCACUCCCUCACUGGACUCAUCCCUCUAUAAACAGACUUCUCGGUAGCCGCUUCAUGCCCUACUAGAGAGCGCCAAACAAAGGCAGAUCUAAAGUGUAACCUAAGGGUUCACGGAAUCAAUAACUUUUGCCCAAACCCUGUAUAUACAAUAAGAAAUCCAUUAAAUAUCUAUAACUAUUUGACUUUGAACCUAGUUGUUAUUGUAUAUUAACUUGAGGUCGUUGUAUGAACCCAUAAAUUUCAAAUCAUGGAUCGGCCUCAAGCUCCUAAUCCUUAUUCUACAGAUCAAAGAGGGAGGUCAUUCCCCCAUUAAUUUCUGGGCCUAAUACUACAACUACAUAUCUAUCUACCGCAGCCUCAAAGUACUCCCAAAAGGAAUGAGAUGUUUCUUUCAAAUUCGUUUGUUUUUAGUUGGGUCAGAGCAGAAAUGAUAUUUGAAAAUUGAAAUAAUACUAAGAACGUUAGUAGUACUAAUUACUAAACAUUAUGCUUAGAACAUUGUGAUCAAACCAAACAACCAAUAACCUAAAAUAUGGUACAGUAUAUAUUGUUUAUAGUCAAAUUAAAGCACCGAAUUCAGCUUCCA